CUCUCUCUCUUUCUUACACCAAAAUUUCCCUCUCUUCUUCUUCAUCCUCUUUCAACAGAAAAUCCAAACCCUAGAGAGAGAAAUUUGCUCCUUGAAGAGAUUCUUAUGUUUCUCUUUCACCAAUUGAAUUUGGUGAUAAAUACGAAGAAUUAAGAACAAAUCAUUUGGAUUCCGUUCGAGGAAAAUGGAGAAAUGUGUGUGAGGAGUACCUGAUUUUGGUUAAUCCGUCAAACCUACUGUAGAAUUGAUUCUGUGAUCUCAUCUGUUUGAUCGGAUUCAACUUUGAGAAUCUGAAAGAAUCGAAGAGCAGUGAUUUUUCUUCUGAAUCCGUUAAUGGUUUCGAAUCCAGAUCUCGUCUUCUAUGCUUGCAUUGCAAGAGGAACUAUAAUCCUCGCUGAAUUCACAAGAGAGUCAAAUCUCGAUGACUUAGCUUUCAGAUGCAUCGAGAAAGCUCCUCCUCAUCACUCAAUCUUUUCUCAUACCGUCAGAAACAGAGCUUACACCUUUUUGAUCGAAGGUCCUUUUGUUUAUUUCGGAAUCUUCCAUGAAGACCUUAACAAAUCGGAGAUUUGUGGUUUCUUAAACCGCUCAAGGCGUGUUUUCGAGGAGUUUCUCGAAAGUGAAUCGCUCAAGGGUUUUGAGAACUUCACUUCUUACUGUUUUCAAUCGCAGUUCGAUUCGACUCUCCGGUAUCUCGUCCUAGGAUCGAAUCUGAACAAAACAUCGUCCAAUGCAUUGAAAGGUACUCAGAGGUCGAGUUUGGAUUCAAGUAAAAGAAAGCAAAUACCACUGAUUUCUAAGUUCUCGAAUCCCGGGAGCUUAAUGAAGAAGAAGAAGAAGGUGAUUGGGGAUGUUAAUAGUGAAGGAGGGAAGUAUGCAAUGGACGAUUCUGUGGAUCUGUAUGAUGAUAACAAUGGUUUAUGCAGUAGAGAUAUUACAUUGCUGAUGCAGAAGAAUGGUUCUCAUCUUAUUGAGCGUCAAAAAGCAAAGCAAGUAUGGCGUAAACAUGUGUGGGUUGUUUUAUCCAUUGAUUUGUUUGUAUGUCUGGUUUUGUUUGCCAUAUGGCUUUGGGUUUGCAGGGGAUUUCAGUGCAUUGAAAGCUGAAAUUCCUGAGGUUUUGAUGAAUUUCAAUCCUUGAUUGGCAGAAAUGACAAUUCACUGCAUAAACACAAGGUUGAAAACAUCAUGUGUAUGAUUCAAGCAAGCUUCAAGUUUGUAUAUUUUAAUUUGCUUUGCUGAUAAUCUUUCUGGGAUUCUGGGUUCUUUUUUCCUUCUCUACGUUUUGUAUGAUUCUCAAAAAGACGAUAACAAUUCAAUGGAGUCUGGACUCUGGUUUAUCCAAA